AUGAAUUACUUAACUGCUGUCGCCAUUCUGCUGUCGCUUGGAUAUUGUGCAGCUUUCUCUAACGCUGCUUCUUGCAAUGAAGAUGAGAAUCUACGUUGUUUCUGUCACUGUAACGAAAGAAGAAGAAUACCCACCAAUCAAAUAAAACAGGUCACAAUCUUUCCCAGCAGUGCAAGAUGCAAACAUACAGAAAUCAUGGUGAUAAUUAAAUCUGAUAAUCGAAUCUGUGUGCAGGUGACGGCUCCUUGGGUGAAGAAACUCAUUGAUUAUUUAUUGGAAAAUUCAGCAGCAGAGAAUAUAUCUUAAAGUGAUUCAGUGUUACCAGAUUCAGGCUCACUUAUUUAUCACAUGUACAUCGAAACAAGUGAAAUGCUUGUUUAUGUCAACAACCAACACAUCCUAAGGAUAUGCUGGGACAGUCCACAAAUGUUGCCACGUUUUCCAGUGCAACAAAAAAAAAAUCCUUUGGUGGUGAAAUGUUCUUUAUUGAUACAACUGCCUUCAUUGCUGCAAACUGAUUAUAAUUCUGGGAACAUGUUAUAUGUCCAAUAUAAAUUGA